GCUGCUCAUGGAGAAACUUUGACGAAAGAAACUUUGAGUUUUAAGUGAAAAUCAGCCGCACACAUGAAGUUUCGUGGAGGAGGAGGAGGAGGAGGAGGAGAGGCGCUGCUGUUGUUGCUGUUGCUGCUCGGCCGCUGCAGCUGCACCAGCCCCGGCAGGAGAGUGUGUCAGGGAAUGAGCAACCAGUUGACGUUGUUGGGGACUCGUGAUAAUCACUACGACAACAUGGUGAGGAUGUACGCCAACUGCUCCGUGGUCCUGGAGAACCUGGAGAUCACCUACACUCUGGAACACCAGGACCUGUCCUUCCUCCAGUCUAUCCAGGAAGUCGGCGGCUACGUUCUGAUCGCCAUGAACGAGGCCCCAAUCAUCCCAUUGGUCAGUCUGAGGCUGAUCCGAGGACAGAACCUCUACGAGAACCGGUUCGCUCUGCUGGUGAUGUCGAACUACAACAGGAACCAUUCGUCUGCAGAUGCCACCUACACCGGUGGCCUGACACAGCUGCAGCUCAGCAGUCUGACAGAGAUCCUGAGAGGAGGAGUAAAGAUGAUCUACAAUCCCUUGCUGUGCAACGUCGAGACCAUCCAGUGGUGGGACAUCCUGGACAAGGACAGCAACCCCAGCAUAGACCUGAAGAUGGACACCUUCACAUCUUCAUGUGAGAAGUGUGAUCCGGGUUGUGUUAACGGGUCAUGUUGGGCACCAGGACCGGAUCACUGUCAGAGAUUCACCAAGCUGCAGUGUGCGGAGCAGUGCAGCGGACGCUGUCGCGGUCCCAAACCCAUCGACUGCUGUAAUGAACACUGUGCUGCAGGAUGCACAGGACCUCGAGCCACCGACUGCCUGGCCUGCAAGGAUUUUAAUGAUGAUGGGACCUGUAAAGAUGCUUGUCCUCCUUUGACACUCUACGACCCAAAAACCCACCAGGUGGUCAACAACCCCAAAGCCAAGUUCACCUUCGGGGCGACCUGCGUCAAGGCCUGCCCACAUAACUACGUGGUGACAGGUGGAUCAUGCGUCCGAUCCUGCAGCGCCGGGAUGUACGAGGUGGAGGAGGACGGAGCGCAACGCUGCAAAGCCUGUGAGGGACCCUGUCCUAAAGCCUGUGACGGAGUCGGGGUCGGCGCCCUGAUCAACACCAUGGCCGUCAACGCCUCCAACAUCGAGUCCUUCAGGAACUGCACUAAGAUCAACGGGGACGUGUCCUUCAUUGAAACCUCCUUCACCGGGGACGCUCACUAUAAAAUCCCUCCCAUGGACCUGGCGAAGCUGGAGUACUUCAGGACGGUGAAGGAAAUCACAGGGUUCCUGUUGAUUCAGUCCUGGCCAGAGAAUCUGACUUCGCUGUCAGUGUUUGAGAACCUGCAGAUCAUCAGAGGAAGAACAACACGAAUUCAUCACAGUUUGGCGGUGGUGAGGGCGAAGCACCUCCGCUGGCUCGGUCUGCGCUCCCUGAAGGAGGUGAGCGCCGGCCGGGUGGUGAUGAGGGACAACCCUCAGCUGUGCUACACCCGGUCUGAUCAGUGGAACCGCUUCUUCAGGUCCAAGGACCAGAUCGUCAUCAUGCGCAACAACUCCCCGCCCGACGUCUGCGAGCAGCAGAAUCGAACCUGUGACUCAGAGUGCACAGACGAGGGCUGCUGGGGUCCGGGUCCCGCAAUGUGUGUCUCCUGUCGGCAUUUCAACCGUGGGGGGCGCUGUGUGGCGCUCUGUCACCUGCUGCAGGGCGAGCCCAGAGAGGUGGAGGUGAAUGGCAGCUGUGUGGAGUGUCACCCGGAGUGUGUCCUGCAGACCGGCGUCCUGACCUGCCGCGGUCCGGGUCCUGACCAGUGUUCCCUCUGCGCCCAUUUUAAAGACGGUCCUCACUGCGUGCUGCGCUGCCCCCACGGCGUGCUGGGAGACGGAGACGCGCUGAUCUGGAAAUACCCUGACAGGAAAGGCCAGUGCCAGCCCUGCCACCAGAACUGCACCCAGGGGUGUUCGGGUCCUGGACUGUCUGGAUGCACUGGAAUAAUUGAAAGCAUCCUGCAUCCUACGCGUCCCCACAGCACCGCCACACACUCCACGCUGGCAGCGGCCGUAGUCGGUGGGCUCUUGAUUGCUGUCAUUGUGUCGUUGGUCAUCUUUGUGUUGCUACGGAGACGACGAAUCAGGAAGAAGAGGGCACUGCGGCGCCUGCUGCAGGAGAAAGAGCUGGUGGAGCCGUUGUCUCCCAGCGGUGAAGCUCCUAACCAGGCCCUGCUGAGGAUCCUGAAGGAGACGGAGUUCAAGAAGAUCAGGGUGCUCGGCUCGGGAGCCUUCGGGACCGUCUUCAAGGGUCUCUGGAUCCCCGAAGGGGAGAACGUGAGGAUCCCAGUGGCCAUCAAAGUUCUCAGAGAGGCCACAUCACCCAAAGCCAACAAGGAAAUCCUGGAUGAGGCGUAUGUGAUGGCGAGUGUGGAUCACCCUCAUGUGUGUCGACUGCUGGGAAUCUGCCUGACGUCGUCGGUCCAGCUGGUGACUCAGCUGAUGCAGUACGGCUGCUUGCUGGACUACGUCCGACACCACAGGGACCAGAUCGGGGCUCAGUGGCUGCUGAACUGGUGCGUCCAGAUCGCCAAGGGAAUGAACUACCUGGAAGAGCGUCACCUGGUGCAUCGAGACCUGGCAGCGAGGAACGUCCUGGUAAAAACUCCAAACCACGUCAAGAUCACCGACUUUGGCCUGGCCAAACUGCUGACGUCUGAUGAGAAGGAAUACCAGGCUGAUGGCGGGAAGGUUCCCAUCAAGUGGAUGGCGUUGGAGUCGAUCCUCCAGUGGACCUACACACAUCAGAGCGAUGUCUGGAGCUACGGCGUGACGGUGUGGGAGGUGAUGACGUUCGGCUCCAAACCGUACGACGGCAUCCCGGCCGGCAAGGUCACGUCGGUGCUGGAGAGAGGGGAACGUCUGCCUCAGCCGCCCAUCUGCACCAUCGACGUCUACAUGCUCAUGGUCAAAUGUUGGAUGAUCGACCCGUCCAGUCGUCCCAGGUUCAGAGAGCUGGUAACCGAGUUCUCAAAAAUGGCCAGAGAUCCUUCCAGAUACCUGGUCAUACAGGGCGAGCUGCCCAGUCCAUCAGACAGCAGGUUUUACUCUCGCCUGCUGAGUUCGGACGACAUGGAGGAUGUGGUCGAUGCCGAUGAAUACCUGCUACCUAACAAUGGACUGAGUAACCAUGACAACCGUCCCUGCAACGCCACGGCGGGUCGUCCAGUCAGGGAGAACAGCGUCGCACUGCGUUACAUCACCGACCCGACUCACAACUCGCCGGAUGAGGAUGGCUUCUUCGGCCACGAGUACAUGAACCAGAGUCUGAGUGAAACCAGCCAGAGCAGCAGACUCUCCGAGGUUCUCAAUCCCCACUACGAGGACCUGAGCCAGGGCUGGGGCACCGCCUUGCUCCCGUCCCCGCUGGAGGAUCUGAAAUCUGCAGAUCUGAAUCCUUUUGGCCCAGUCCCUGGGGGACCUGAAUACCUGAACACCGCCCAAAACUCACUUCCCCUGGCAGCCAGCGACAUCCUCGACAACCCGGACUACCAGGCCAACUUCCUGCCGCAGGCCACACCCUCGGCCACCAACACCACCUCUUUACCGGGGAACGGUCUGUUCCUCCCGGCAGCGGAGAACCUCGAGUACUUGGGUCUGGGUGCUGCACUGCAUGCUCCUGUCCGCUAGGGGGCAGCAACAUUCAGACACUGAAGGUUUGAGCUUUAGUGGAAAUAUACGUUGCCUAUAUUGAUGUUGGCUGCUGACAGUAUUUAAUUUAGCUGUUUUUAUUGUAAAGUUUGCCUGUGCUGAUUGAGCAGCAGCAUCUUCUGCAGCACAACAUGCAUCAGACAGCAGAUACUGAGGAGGAAGAGGAGGAGGAGGAGGAGAGGCAGACUUCAGAGUCACAAAUCCUUUUGGAUGGCUUUAUGAAAUCCAAACAGACAGAAUUUUCUGAACACAAUCCACACAAAUGCUCUUCAUUACAGUGAUUUUAUUUAUCUUCUCUGUUGCUCUGAAAGUGAAGCUACACGACCAUCAGGACAUUAGCAGUAGGAUGAGUUCAUGAGAGGGACAGAAGCACAAUAAUCUCAGUUUGUCUUCCACUUCCUCCUUGCUUUGCAUCCUUGCCUCAUCAGCAUUUGCACGAAAUUGAAAAUGAAACAAGGAUUCUGCAGACGUGCUCAGAGAUUUGAAAAUUUGCAGCCUAUUUGACCCACCAAAGAGGAAAAACUGUUGAUGUUUUCCUCUAAUGAGAAGUUCUUAAUUGUGAGAAGAAGGGAGAAUAUCGUAACAUCCCAUGAUCUUCAUCUCAUCAAGAGGACACAACUGAUCUUCAACUUCAUUAGGAGUCUGCAAGCACAGAUGACGAUUUGUGCUCACGUGGUGAAUGAAUAAUGUGCUUGUUUUUAUGUUUAAGUCCCAUUUGAACUAGCAGAGAAGGUUUUCAGGCUGUUUCACCAGUUAAAAACUUGUGAUUUCAGUCAAACCUUCAGUUGAUGUCUGACUUGAAAUACCUUGAGCAAAGCUCGGGUUUCUUUUUCACAUGUGGACCAGCUUUGAUGAGCUUUUACUGAAGUGUAGAAAGUUUAUUUACUUGACAAGAAUGAGCCAAACUCUGAUUUACUGUUAAUGUACACUGACUUGUUUAAUUGUUUCUGCUUGUUACUGUUUUUCACUGUGGAAAUGUAGGGAAGCCGACAGGCUGGUCGAUGAUUCUUCGGGUUCUCAAGGACAUUCAUUUUUAUCUCAAGAGAACAAAAAGUGUUCUUAUUUAAGGAUGAAGAUAUUCUUUCUGCUUUUUUUCUCCUCAUUCAGUGCCCAUUUUUCAGUUUUAAAACUGUUGUUAUGACAUGACAGAUGAAUUGUUUUUGCUUUCGGGGAAGAGUUUUCUCACAUCUAACCAGGACUGGAGUUUGACACGAGUCCAAGUGUGAGUCCAAAGAAACAAAACAUUAAUAAUAUUGUAUAAUAACAAUAAUAUAAUAAUAAUCUCCAACAGGCCAACACGCUAACAGGCUAACGUCAGAUGUCAGAUGUCAACAGGCCAGCGUGCUAACGUCAAUGUUAGCUUCUCCCUCAGGCUAAAGUUAGUGUUCCAUUCUCUGACAGGCUAAUGUCAGUUUUAGCUUCUCCAACAGGCCAGCGUCAGUGUUAGCUUGAAAAGCCUUGUCUGACUACAAUAAAAAAUAAUUAAAUUCUUUUCUCAGGACAAAAAAACCCCACAAAAACUAAGUUUGUUUUCUUGAGAAAAUAAGUACUGAUAUCGAGAUAAAAAUAAUAAUAAUCAACCACGACAGCACUGAACUUCCAUAGGAAGCAACACUGAGGAAUCAUAUUGAAUGUCUGUAAAUGCUGAUGUAUUGUGUAGCAUUUUGACUUGCUGUUGAAUGUGAAAUUAGUUGUUAGAACUCUUGUUGUUGUUUACAGGGUAUAGCUAACCUGCUAACAAGCUCACUAUUUUGAUGGAAAAACAUCAAAGUUGCAGUUUCCGUUUUAUUGUUUGUUAUUAUAGUAGUCGUAGUAACUGAUUAUCUGUAAUGUGGUGAACAAUUUUUGAUAAAUCCAUCAGAGUUAAAUUUUGAGCAGGAAAA